AUGGCUAAAAGGAAAAUUACUUUGGAAUCUAAAAAAUUAAAUGUAAAAAGUGCUUCUAAAGAAGAGACCAAUGGACAGGAUACAACUAAUAAUAUUGAAAAAGUUGAAUUGGAGGAAAAACCUAAAAAAUCAUUUCAAAUAGAUGCAUAUGAAAGUAGUGAUGAAGAAGAUCUUCGUAAUACCAUUGGUAAUAUUCCUUUGGAAUGGUAUGAUGAAUAUAAUCAUGUUGGAUACGACAAAGAUGGUCAGCCUAUUUUAAAGUCAGAAAAACAAGAUGAAAUAGAUAACUUUCUUGAUAGAAUGGAAAAUCCAGAUUAUUGGAGAAAAAUUCGUGAUCCUCAAACAGGAAAAGAACAUAUUUUGACAAAUGAAGAACUAGAAAAAAUUAAAAAUAUAACUGAAGGGAAAUUUGAAAUUGGAUAUAAUCCAUAUGAGAAAUUCUAUGAUUUAUGUAGUUCUAAUGUUAGUAUUCAUCCAAUUGACAACAGACCAGACGACAAGAGAAGUUUUAUUCCAUCAUUAACAGAGAAAAAAUUAGUUUCUAAGAUGGUUUAUGCUAUUAAGAUGGGAUGGAGAAAACCAUGGAGUGUACAACAAAAAGAAAAAGAAGAGAAAAAAGAACAAGUUGUUGUUUAUGAUCUUUGGAGUGAACCACCAAAUCAAGUUCUUACUAAAAUGGAGCGUUGGAGAAUUCGAAAUCGUCUUGAUGCUCCUAAGUGUGCUUUACCUGUUCAUAAUGAAUCUUAUAAUCCACCAACAGAAUAUUUGUUCGAUGAAAAAGAACUUGCUGAUUGGGAGAAAACAGAACCUGAAAUGAGAAAACAAAAUUACAUUCCUGUUAAAUAUGACAGUUUAAGAAAAGUGCCAUUUUAUGAAAAUUUCUAUAAUGAGAGAGCAGAACGUUGUCUUGAUCUUGCUUGUGCUCCAAGAAAAAGAAAGGAACGACUUAACAUUGAUCCAAGUAUGUUGUUACCUAAUCUUCCAGAUCCAAAAGAUUUACAACCAUUUCCAACAAAACUUUCUUUCUACAUGCGUGGUCAUACUGGACAAGUACGUACAAUUUCUGUUGAACCAGAAACUGGUGAAUUACUAGCAUCUGGAGGUGCCGAUGGUACAGUUAAAAUUUGGAGCAUUGUUAAUGGAAGGUGUUUAAGAACCUUUAAAAUGGGAGCUCCUGUAACUUGUGUAGCUUUUUGUCCUGAUCCAUCUCGAACACUUAUUUUAGUUUCAUGUGAAAAUAAUAAGGUUAGUUUGGUAAAUACUCAAUGUGGUGAUAAAUUGCUUGUUUCCAAAACUUCUGAAUAUCUUAAAAAUCUUGACAUUAACAAUGAUGAGGAAGAUGAUAUUGAAGAUGAAAAUGAUGAUGCUAAAGGUGGCAAAGUAAAAUGGACAUUGGAAAGUAAUGGAAAUAUUGAUAUUAUUUUAAAUAACAAAAUAAAACAAGUUGUGUGGCAUGCUAAAGGAGAUUACUUUUCAACUGUUUCAUUUGAAAAUUCAAAUGAUGCUGUUUACAUUCAUCAACUUUCAAAAGCGAAAUCACAGAAACCAUUUUCAAAGAAAAAAGGAUCAAUUCAAGCAGUUUUGUUUCAUCCUAGAGAACCAACAUUUUUUGUAUGCACUCAACAACAUGUUCGUGUAUAUGAUUUGGCUAAAUGUGUUCUUCAAAAAAAAUUAUCAACUGGAACUAGAUGGGCAUCAUGUGUUGCUACUGAACCAUUUGGUAACAACUUAUUUGUUGGAGGUCUUGAUUGUCGAUUUGCAUGGCUUGAUAUGCAAUUAUCAAGAAGACCUUGGAAAAUGGUUCGUCAUCACAAGGGUGCUAUUCGUGGUAUAGCAUAUCAUAGAUAUUAUCCUUUGUUAGCAACUGUUUCUGAUGAUUCCUUUGCUUUUAUAUAUCACGCAAAUGCUCCUGAUGAUUUAAUGGCUCAAAAUGAGUUAAUUCCAGUAAAAAAAUUACGUGGACAUAAGUGUGAUGGAAAUCUUUCAAUUCUUAACUGUGUUUUCCAUCCAAUACAACCAUGGUUAAUCACUGCGGGAGCUGAUGGUCAAAUUGGAGUUUUUACAUAUUAA